AUGGUUACCUUCACUUCUCAAAUUGCAAAUAUUUUGCUGCUAUUGCUUUGUGCAACGAUAUUCCACAGAGGCAUUUGUAAGACAAAUACACAGCUCCGUUGCAAUGAAAAUGACAAAUCUGCACUGCUGAACUUCAAACAUGGUGUCAUAGACCAUUCCAACAAGCUCUUCUCUUGGUCCAAUGAAGAAAAUUGUUGUGCAUGGAAUGGAGUUCAGUGUGAUAACAUCACAGGCAGAGUUACAAGACUUGAUCUAAAUCAACAAUACUUGGAAGGUGAAAUCAACCUCUCUUUGCUUGAAAUUGAAUUCUUGAACUAUUUAGACUUGAGCUUGAAUGGCUUUACAGCUCUUAUUCUUCCUUCUAUUCUCAACCAAUCACUACUCACACCUAAUACACAUGCUAACUUCUCUAACCUUCAGUUCCUGGACUUGUCCUUUAAUGAUGAUCUUCACAUGGAUAAUCUUCACUGGCUUUCCCAACUUUCUUCCUUGAAAAGUCUCAACCUCAGUCAAAUUAAUCUUUCCAAUGAAACAAAGUGGCUUCAGUCCAUGGCCAUGCAUCCUUCUCUAUUAGAGUUAAGAUUGGCAAGUUGUCAUCUAACCAAUAUCAAUCCUUCUGUUAAGUUUGUGAAUUUUACUUCACUUGAAACUCUUGACCUGUCUGGGAACUAUUUUGACUCUGAAUUGCCUUAUUGGUUGUUUAAUCUCAGCAGUGACAUCACCUAUAUUGACCUUAGCUUCAAUACUUUACAGGGUCAAAUACCCAAGAGCUUGUUGAACCUUCAAAAUCUUAAAUCUUUAAACUUGGGUUAUAACAAACUCAAUGGAUCCAUUCCAAAUUGGUUCGGGGAACAUGAACAUUUACAAUAUCUUGGUUUGUCAGAGAACUUGUUUCAGGGUUUCAUCCCUUCAUCUCUAGGGAAUCUCUCAUCCUUGGUUGACUUAAGUAUCAGCUCAAAUUUCUUGAAUGGUAGUCUUCCAACCAGUCUUGGACAACUCUUCAAUUUAAGGAGUUUAUCCAUUGGAGGAAAUUCCAUGUCAGGUGUUCUCUCUGAGAAGCAUUUUUCCAAACUCUUCAGUUUGGAAACACUUAUCCUGAAUUCAGCUUUUGCAUUUGAUUUGGGUUCUAACUGGAUUCCUCCUUUUCAGCUUCAAGGAAUUAGUCUGAGAGAUACAAUUCUAGGUCCUGAUUUUCCAGCAUGGCUAUAUACACAAAGGACACUAGAAUAUCUAGAUGUUCCUAACUCAGGAAUUUCAUCCAUAAAUGCAGACAUGUUUUGGAACUUUGUUGCUAAUAUUAGACAAAUUUGUCUUUCACACAAUGCAAUUAGUGCUGACUUAUCAAACGUCACACUAAACUCUGAAUAUAUCUAUAUGUCUAACAAUAAUUUCACUGGAGGGCUCCCACGUAUAUCAACAAAUGUCUUCCAUUUGGAUGUAUCUGUCAAUUCCUUCUCUGGAUCCAUUUCCCAUUUUUUAUGCCAUAAAUUGGGUAGACAAAACAGGUUGAAUUAUAUGGAUAUAUCAUACAAUCUCUUAACAGGUGCAAUUCCUGAUUGUUGGGAGAAUUGGAAUGGUUUAUCUUUCCUUUUCAUGGGGAGUAAUAGGCUAACUGGUGAAAUUCCUCCAUCAAUGAGUUCAUUUUAUGAACUAAUUGAAAUGGAUUUGCAUAAGAAUAAUUUGUCUGGAAAAUUUUCACUAGACCUGUCAAACUUGAAAACGUUGGAAUUCCUCAACCUUGGAGAAAACAAUUUUUCUGGAGCCAUACCAGUGAAGAUGCCACAGAGUAUGCAAGUGAUGAUAUUGAGAUCCAACCAGUUUUCUGGCAAUAUUCCACCACAACUAUGCAAUCUCUCUUCUCUAAUACAAUUAGAUCUUUCACGGAAUAAACUUUCAGGACCUAUUCCUCGUUGUAUCUACAAAUUUACUCCCAUGGAUGGUGUAAGAAGAAUGAUCCAUUUUCGGUUUAGUGUCAAUUUGUUUUGGAAAGGUCAAGAGUUAGAUUUUGAGGACACUGGGCUUUUGCGGGAUAUUGACCUUUCAGCAAACAACUUUUCUGGAGAAAUCCCACCAGAACUUUUUGGUCUUACUCAAUUGCAGUUCUUGAACUUGUCUAGAAAUCAUUUCAUGGGAAAGAUAUCGAGAAGGAUUGGAGACAUGAAAAAUUUGGAAUCCCUUGAUCUCUCCAAUAAUCAUCUUUCAGGGGAAAUUCCUACAAGCAUCACUAAUUUGUCCUUCCUAAGUUAUCUGAAUUUGUCAUUCAAUGGUUUCAGUGGCCAAAUCCCACUUGGGACUCAGCUUCAGAGUUUUGAUGCAUGGAGCUAUGUUGGGAAUCCUAAACUUUGCGGAGCUCCUUUAACAAAGAAUUGCACUAAAGAAGAAAAUCAUAACAAGGCAAAGCAAGGUGGAGAUUCUGACCCUUUUAAGGACUCACUCUAUCUUGGGAUGGGAGUUGGAUUUGCUGUGGGGUUUUGGGGAAUUUGUGGUUCUUUGUUUCUCAAUAGAGCAUUGAGGCAUACAUAUUUUCGGUUCUUUGAUCAUAUUGCAGACCAGAUUUAUGUGUUUGUAGCUCUCAAGUUCAAUAAGUUCGGUUCUGGUUGA